AUGGUGGAGCCAUCGUCAAUAUCGAAUCCCGAAACGAACCCGUCUCUCCAGAAGCGAAGAAGGAUCGGGUUGGAUUCUUCCGAGCCGUCCGGUCCGAGAUGGAGAACCGAGGUCGAGCAGCAGAUCUACUCGUCGAGGCUCGUGCACGCGCUGCGGACCCUCCGACGCCCGGACUCCGCCGUCCCCGCCGUCGGCGCGGUUCGCGACGCGGCCGACCGCGUCCUCGCCUCCUCCGCCAAGGGCAGGACCCGCUGGAGCCGGGCGCUGCUGACCCGCCGGCUCGGUCUCCGGCUUUCGCAAAUCAGGAGGAAGCACAAGAGGGCCGGUAGACCGGACGCCGGGCUAAAAAAACCGGCUUCUCCGGCGAAACUGCCUCCGUUGCAGAAGAAAUUGCGGGCGUUGAGCAGGUUGGUCCCCGGCUGCCGGAAGCUGUCGCUGCCGAGCCUCCUGGAAGAGACGACUGAUUAUAUUGCGGCUCUGGAAAUGCAAGUUAAAGCCAUGGCCUACAUCACCGGCAUUAUAAACGGCGGCGGAGGAGGAGGAGAAGGAGAUCGUUGGCCGAUUGAAUAG